GCCGUAUUGCCGUGUUGCCGAUUAGUGCCGUGCGCUUGAUUCACAGUUAUCGGAUUGUGCUUUAGUGUGUAGAGCUAUUGGAAAGAUAUCUCCCCUCUUCCGUGUAUACGAGGCAGUACAGGGCAGUACAUGCUGCAACGCAGCGGAAAAUUAUCUUCUUCAACUACGCUUGCCUGAUAUUAUUUCUCUGGAUCAUCUCUAUAUUAUCAAUGCCAACAAUCUCUAAAAAUAAGAAUGCUUCCCCUCCGACGACAGCAAGACUUAUUACUGGCGAUCGCAUCAUUGCAUAUGAUGUUUAUCUCAAGGAUGGAAAGUACACUGUAGACUGUGACGUUUGUAGUCAGUCAAUUGUUGUUGGAAAAGGUGCCUAUGCGAGACACGGCGCUGAUUGGCAAAACGGCAACAUGGCUACUAAAGCUGUUGCCAAACAACCCCAACGGGUAUUGCGAUCUCAGCGCUUUUAUCCUGUGGUGCCCCCUGUGGCUACCUAUCUAUUUAUAUUACUCCCAAUGCCGAAUCCCAGUUUCACUCUCACCGAGAUUCAACAACUUCAGGCUGAAGGAUUGGUCCUGCGAUAUCCAGAUGUUCUGAUGAACGCUCAAGUAACACUGGAGGGCUCAAUUAGUUUGUUGUUGAGAGCGGCUCAGCAAGCCAUGACGGUGCCAUUUGUCUGGUCGUGGAUUGACCGCGCACUGGAUGGGCAAACAUUCAUUGUUUUCUUGCCUUCGCACACUCCAUUCCCAAUCGACGGUAUUCGCUGGCCUGAAUCUGAAAAUAAAUACAGCAUCAACCAGGGAACGCCAAAAGAGCUCGAAGUAUGCGAAGCCAAAUUUGGUUUUGUCCCUGGAUCUGGAGAGACGAUGGCGGCGAGGAUUAGAAGGAGAUAUCGAUUGGUUCAUGGCGGCGGAAUGGGCGGCAUGGGUGCGAUGCCUCAGUUAUGGGUUGUACACUAUACUCGAGGGCCAAAUGGACCACCCAUACCUCCCGCCAUUGCUAAUCAACUAGCGAGGAUGUAUCCGUUAAGACAAGUAAACGAGCCUCCCAUGUUUGUCGCAGGAGAAAAACUGGGUCAGAAAGUCUUUCCAGGACAGGGUGGAAUGGGCGGAGGCAUGCCUAGCGGGGGUGCUGGAAUGGGUAUGGGUAUGGGUGCCGGAAUUCCAAGUGGGAUGCCUGGUAUGCAAUCAGGAAUCGGCGGCGGUGUGGGAGGAGGUAUGCCCGGUGGAAUAACUGGCAAUAUGGGUGGGAAUAUGGGUAUGCCUGGCGGAGCAGGUGCUUUCAACCAACAGCAAGCGCAAGCCCUGAUCGCACAACAGAACUCCAAUAUGGAAAUGCUAGAAGCCCGUAGGACUCAUUCUCUCGGUGGACGUGCCGGUCCUCUUCCUCCUGGUGCUCCUGUCCCGGGUGCUCCUGGCAUGCACGGUCCACCCGUUCCUGGUCCCCACGGACGAGGCAUUCCUCCUCCAGGUGUUGGUGUUCCUGGAGUUCCUCCCGGUAGAAGACCGGUAGGUGCACCGGGUGGUCAAGGCUCACCAGACGACGACGAUUCAGGAGACGAAAUCGAUUCGAUAUCAACACGUACACAUGCUCUUAUGAGAUACAAGCGGAAUCAUGAUCUAAUGAAUGAGGUUUUUGUGAAAGCCUCUUUUGGCGUUCAGCCAAACUCUAAACCACCAACUUCUCCAUACGCCAUAUUCGAUAAGAAGGAGUUAGAUGAGAAAGCGACUUUCCACCGAAAUUGCAGCUCUACAAGCUCGUGCAGAGGAAAAGAUUCGAAAAAAGGUCGAACGAAAAAACCGAAACAGUUUCAAUGGGCAAAUGAUUAGUGGUACUCUCUCUCCGUCGUCAUUGAGUAAAAGUCCGACACCACAACC